GGAGAGGUUGGGGAACCAGGCAUUUGAAAGGAAAAUGACUUUCUUGGUGUUCAUCUUCUUGCUCUCCCUCCUCCAAGCUGAGUCUGCAAGAAUUUCAAGUUCAAGCCCCAUAUUCGGACCGAGGCAGGUGACCGGUUUGCUGGGAGGAUCAGUUACUGUGAAAUGCUUCUACCCUCGCACCAGUGUGAACCGACAUGACAGAAAGUACUGGUGCAAGGAAUCAACACGGCAAUGUGUGACCGUCAUUUCUUCCAGUGGCUACACUGCUCAAGACUUCGCUGGCAGAGCGACAAUCACAGACUUCCCAGAGCAAGGCAUCUUCACCAUUGAGAUCUCAAAGCUAGUGGAAAAGGACAUCGGCUUUUAUAAAUGUGGCAUUGGUCUCGUAAAUAGAGGUCUUUCCUUCCGAGUCAAGCUGGAUGUUUCCAAGGGUCCAAACGUGCCCGAAGAAGCCGAACUCUAUUACAUCGAGCUGGGAGGUUCUGUGACCAUCAACUGCGCGUUUGGCACGGAAUAUGGUAGUGAGAGGAAGUACAUGUGCAAAAUGGGGGAAAUCGGCUGCUCUAAUGUCAUCGACACCUACGGGAAUGUUAACGAAAACUACAAAGGGAGAGUUUUGCUGAGCCCUCAGGAGCUUGAUGGGUCAUUCAGCCUCUAUAUGACCCAGCUGAGGAAAGAAGAUUCAGGUGUAUAUUUGUGUGGGGCUGGGACUUACGGAGAGAAAGGAGAAUCCAAAGAACUGGAUGUGCAUGUCUACCAAGAGACAUCUGUCCCCCAGGGACCACACGUAAUAAAUGGAGUCAUAGGAGGUUCAGUGUCUGUCGAAUGCCACUAUGAUCCACGGGGGAAUUACACUAUCAAGUACUGGUGCAAAUGGAGGAAGAAUGGAUGCAAUCAGUUAAUAACCAACCUUGCGAGUAUGACAGAUUCAUAUGAAGGAAGGAUAGUCCUGCAUGAUAACCCGGAAAACGGAACAUUCACGGUAAUAAUGAACCAGCUGACAGCAGGGGAUGCAGGAUAUUACUGGUGUAUGACGGAUGGAGAUAUGGAAAGGAAAUCUACAAAGGAGCUGAAGAUUAUAGAUGGGCAACCUGGUUUAACAGGACCGAAACAGAUUGAUGCAGUCAUUGGUACACGGGUCACUAUACCAUGCUCUUAUCCAUGCAAAUAUUAUUCUUACCAGAAAUAUUGGUGCAAGUGGCGUAAUACUGGCUGCCAAACUCUCAUCUCCGCUGAGCAAAACCAAACCGGCCUGGUUGUCAACUGUGACAAGGAGAAGAGGACACUCUACCUAACUUUUGACCAAGUAAUACAGGCAGACCAAGGGUGGUAUUGGUGUGGAGUGAGCCAUUCUGGUCACUAUGGGGAAACCAUGGCAGUGUUCCUGACAGUAAAUGGAGAUGCAAUCCCUCCCAAUACAAAAUCUGAAGAUGCCAAUAUUUCCAACACAGGCUCUGAAAAUAGUAAUGAUCCCCAAAACAGAGGCGGGGUCAUAGAUAACAACUCUUUACCAAGCUCACCAGAACAUGACAGCUCUAAGGUGAUUCUCUCAGUCCUGCUCCCCAUUGCUGCUGUGUGUCUGCUCCUUGCUACAGUCUUUGUGGUUGUUAAAUUUAGGCUCCUGAAGCGCACAGAUUUGGUUUCGGUUGGAAGCUACAGAACAAACAUUAGCCUGUCAGAAUUUGAGAAUUCCAGAGAUUAUGGAGCGAAGGACAACGUGGGCAUACAUGAUGCUCAGGAGACCCAGCUAGGAGGAGUGGAUGAAUUUAUAACUACCCCUGGCAAUGCUGAAGAUGCAGAAGAACCACCGAAGGUGAAAAGGGGCUCCAAGGAGGAAGCUGAUAUUGCUUACAGCACAUUCCUGCUUCAAGCGAACAAAGUAGCCCAGGGAGAGGCUUAGCAAGUUCCUCGACUGUCCCAGUACAAUCGCUUCUGAAGAUGGGACAAGGAAAAAGCAAUAAUGAUUGAAAACACUCCUGUGUUCUGAAUCAGUGAACAACAGAUCUGCAAGUUGCACUAUUUCUUACUGUCAAGCAAACAUUUUAAUGCAUCUAGAUCUUUCAGUUCCUCAAAGAUUUUUAAU